CCUGUCUGGAAGCAGUAGGGCGUGUUAUACACGGAUACAUCAGCCAAUCAUAGUGCAUCGGUGCGUGUCAUGGAGCCAGUAAUAUUGGAGCAGGGCGUGUCCUGGCGAGAAACUAUAUGGGAAUCCUAAUAACGCCGUAACUUCUAAUGCAAAUUUUUGUUAGCCAGUCAAUAGGAUUUUCAUUCUGUAUGAGCAUUAAGAUGAUGAUUUGCGUGAAUGAAGCUAAAAUGAAGUAUCUGUUGUAUAUAAAUAUACAAUGUGUGUAAUUAUUUUUGCUGUGGAAUUGUGGGAAGCUGAAAUCGAUAUCACGAUUACGUUUUGAUUAAUCUCCCAGCCCUAACGACCACCUUCAUAAUUUUGUAGAUGCUUCCAGGUAGUGUGAGACAACGACCAAUAGCAAGCUAGGAUGACAAACUCUACCAGGCAGCGGAUUGUCCCCACCCUGUUGGUUAAUGGUAAUGUAAUGCGACAUAUCCAGGAUGCCUGGAUGCCUGUCGCUUGCUAAUCGUCACUAAUCUAAUCCAUUGGAUUACAGAAUGAGAAUACAGUCAGCCGGUUUUUACGGGACGUCUGCCUACCUCCUACCUUUCAUCCAUUAGUUGAAUCUCCUCACAGUCUAUUGACUACUAGGUAUUUGUUUGUUUGGUUUUCUGCUCGCUCUCAUUGGGAAUCAAAGUUCUGUUGUUUUUUCCCGUGGGGCUUCCUUGGUCGCCAGUAAAUACUUGCUGAUCAGGCAGUUCCUCCAACAGAAGGUGUUCUUGCUGUCAUAAUCUCGUUCCUUCAGUGGGUUUAUGAUGGCUAUGGCACAGGGCAGCCUGUGACGAACAGUUGCUCACUCAUAGCAUUUUUAUUUUGGCACUCAUUUGGGGUUUCACCAUCCGCCAAAAUGCUGAACCAGAGUGCUGUGAUGAUCUUCACCGGGAUUUGUGGGGCGUUGGUGCUCAUGGCAAUGGCCUACUAUGUCUACUGGUCGGGCCCAUUAGGCCGGACAACCACCGACGAAGAAGGCAAUCCCACCCAGACCCGCAGCACCAACCCCGGCCCCCCACACCACCGCCAGCACCUACUACCCGCCCUUGAGCAUGGGAGGUGCACCCCCUCCCCCAAACCAGGCAGGGAAAAUAACCCCAUAGCAGGCCCCACAGCCCGCAGGGGACCGCCCGGCUCCCCCACGGGAAGAGGAACAGGCGACCGUGGCGGGACGCAAGGAACGGAGAGAAGAGGAGGAAGCAGGCCAGAGGAGCGACAAGGGGGCCCCACCGCCCCCACCAAUAGCCAGAGCGGGGCACCCAGGCGGGUGCCAGCCGGCACCGCCCCAGCACCCACGGAACAUGGGCGAGUCACCAUCACACCACCAUUACUUCCCAGGAGGUCACCCCAGUGGUUCCCCCCCACCCUCGAGAUCAUGAAGGAGUCAAAAAUAGUCCCGCCCCCGCAGACUCUGGAACAGCAAACACAGGGACAAGAGGAGGAGAUCCCCACAGCAUGCAUGUGUCUUUUCACCAUGCAAACCGAUCUAAAAUGUGUGAAAAUAAAUAGAAUAAUAAUAAAACAACAACAACCUCGACAACAAAGAAAAUAAAAUUCCAUUGUUUACUUUCACACUUAUGAAAAUAGUCUUGCUAAUGGCAGAUGGCACCCUCCUCAGGCAAAGGAAUCAAGACUCUAGAAUUAGCAUGUUGAGGUAAGGUGACCAGCUAUCUACGUAUAUGUGUAAUGGAUUUUUUUCGUUCUGCUGAUAUUUUUUCUCACGCAAUAUAUUCUAUGAUGAGAUUUAGCCACUGAUUGAUGUUAAUAGCUUGUUUGUUUUUCCAGUUUAAUAGAAAUGUUUUCUUAGCGGUAGCUAACGCGACAAGUAAUGGUUGUGAAUAUUUAUUAGGGAGGUCAAUUAUGCUUAAGUCGGCCAAGUUUGCACAAUCUUGGGGAAAGUGGAAUCCUGCAGUCUAAAAUAUACGAGUGUUUUUGUAUAACCAAAGACCAAAAGCAUUGAAUUGAUGUAUAUUCGCAUAUAGCAUGAAAAUAGGUGUCUGGGGUAUUUUUGGUGCAUUGCACGCAUAUAUUAGAUGGAGAGAAGCCCAUUUUAUGCAUAGUGUAAUGAGUAAAGUGUGUUCUAUGAAGCACUUUAUAUUGUAUAAGCUGUAGAUUUGUGUUUUAUUGUCAUUCUAAACGUAUUGUUACAAAUCUGGAUCCAGUAGCUACGGUCAGCAGACAUGGAGAGGUUUCUAGUCUGUUUUUAUGUUAAAGGUCUAAAGGUAUGGAGUCCUUGCAAUGGACAGUUUAUAAUGGACACCCCCCUGCUCUUGCAGACCUACUUUUCCAAACAUUUUGAAAAGUAGAUUCCUAGUAAGUUGACAUUUCCAAACCCUGCCAAUUACACAACAGACACCACUAGUGACUUAAGUCCUCCCUUUUCGCACAAAGGUCAUUACGCCAACAGAGAUCGGAUGUUUGGACUUGAUGACAUCAAUUGACUUGCGACACAGCUAGUCAUGUGUGACAGUAUUUUAUCAUUCUAACUCCUGGAUACAUUCUGUCUAUUGGCCAUGGAGACUGAGCUGAGGACUGUAGUAUUGGCCGAAGGACCGUGCAAACGAGGCUUAUAAAAAGGAUACCAUAGUGGUUGGUCAUCGUGUGUAGAGUGGAGCCUCAUCAGCUCCCUUGGCUUCUCAAGCAUGGCUCUCCUGGCCUACAUCAAGAGCCUGUUCAUACUUCAAUUGUUGAUGGGCUUUGUAUUUGUUGUGAGCGGCCUCAUCAUAAACUUCAUCCAGCUGUGCACGUGCGUCAUCUGGCCAUUCAACAAGCAGCUCUAUCGCAGAAUCAACUGCCGCCUCGCGUACUCUCUCUGGAGCCAGCUGGUGAUGCUGCUGGAGUGGUGGUCCGGCACAGAAUGCACCUUGUACACGGAUCAGGCUACGGUGGACAAAUUUGGCAAAGAACAUGUCAUCAUCAUUCUCAACCACAACUAUGAGAUUGACUUCCUGUGUGGCUGGACCAUGUGUGAAAGAUACGGUGUCCUGGGGAGUUCAAAAGUCCUAGCCAAACAUGAGCUGCUGAAGGUUCCACUAAUUGGCUGGACCUGGUACUUCUUAGAAAUAGUUUUUUGCAAGAGAAAGUGGGAGGAGGACCGCAAAACUGUCUUCAGUGGACUUGACAGGCUUAAAGACUAUCCUGAACAUAUGUGGUUCCUGCUUUAUUGUGAAGGUACCCGCUUUACAGAGAAGAAGCACCAGAUAAGCAUGCAGGUUGCAGAGAGUAAAGGCCUGCCCAAGCUCAAAUAUCACCUUUUGCCACGUACUAAGGGGUUCACCACCACGCUGAAGUGUCUCAAGGGCACAGUGACCGCCGUUUAUGAUGUGACACUCAACUUCAAAGAUAAGCAGACGCCGACUCUCCUGGGCAUCGUCAAUGGCAAGAAAUACAAAGCUGACAUGAGCAUAAGACGCUUCCCAGUGGAAGAGAUCCCAGAUGAUGAGGCCAAGUGUGCCAACUGGCUGCAUAAGCUCUACCAGGAGAAGGAUGCCUUACAGGAGACAUACAGCAAUCAAGGCAAAUUCCCAGGGCCCACAAUCAUCCCUCCUCGUCGACCGUGGACGCUUCUCAACUUCCUAUUCUGGGCCACGCUGCUGCUCUCACCACUUAUCAAUUUUGCGUACGGAGUGGCGGUCAGCGGCUCUCCACUUCUCAUCAUUGGCUUCAUCAUCUUCCUCAUUAUAGCCUCCAUUGCAAUUCGCCGCCUGAUCGGGGUCACCGAGGUCAAAAAGACGGGCUCCAGUUACGGCGACCAGGAGACCAAGAAACAAAACUAAAGGCGCGUCACUUCGGCCCGACUCCGCUAUCCCUUCCACUGUCCAAUCGGUCGCUAGGUCGGUGAGGAGACCCGGCUGUGAAACCAUAAUAGAGAGCAGUCUUAGACAUACUAAUGAGUAAGAGCACUGGAGGUCCACAAGACAUGAGGAGGGGGGGGGGGGGGGUGCGGUACUGCAUCUCAAGCCACCUAGUGACCCACUUUCCACAGUCAAACCCCGUUAAUCCCGGCGAUCUUAAACCUCUCACCUCCUAACCUACUUGCGGUCACAUGGAAGACCGCGAACUUAGCCCGCGUCCUGCUUUGGACUACCUCCGCCCCAACUCCACUUCCUGUCUGUCGGCAAUUAGGGAGUGGCAGCGUAGUCUUGGUCAGAAAAGGGCCCCCCUCCCCACAUUUCACGCACCUAUUUUCCUUCUUUAAAGCACCACUUCAACCACGGAAACCGUUCACCUUCAGCCAUUGAGUCAUGCACAUAGAUACAGAAAUGUAUGAACCGCCCCCAACCCGCACCUUAGUUUCUGGAGGCUUCCCCCAAGAAGUGCACUGCGUCAUGUUGAGUUCAGAGGGACUCAAAUCAAAUAGAGUGUAGCGCUCGUUAACACUCCAAUGUCACUUAGUCUCUUUUUAAUGACUCUUGUGAUCAUGGCGACCUGACCCCCUUAACAUCUUUUUGGGGGGUCCACGAUAAGGGUUGUGCAUGUGCGAGCUAUCAUGAAUACCUGACAUACAGCUCUGGAUAAAAUAAAGAGACACACACACACUUUUUGAGGGUAUUUUGACCAUUUUCUCUUCAUGACAAGUUUGUAUUUGGAGUUUGUUUGCUAUGUCUGUAGUUUAGAGAAUAAAACAUAAAUGUUCAGUCUACUCAAACAUAUACAGUGGUGCCUUGAAAUAUGAGUGAACCACCCUAGACGUUUUUUGAGAUAUGAGCUGCCAUUGGCCUCCCCCCAUUGACUUGCGACAAAAAUUUUAGAUACGAGCGCUGUAUGAUGGCAUUGAACUCAACUCAUUUCACAACAAGCAGCAGUUUGGCAGCUAGAAACAAAUCUUCAAAAAAGAGACUUCAAGCUGUUUAAUGUCACUCAGUUGAGGUUUAAUGUCAAACGAAACCUAAAACAGAAUUGCACAUUUAAAACAACCACAUAGCUUUGUCUUUGUCAAGUUUAUUUAGUUUAAUGCUAAUAAUGCAAAAACCCAUAGAAAGGCUAACGAAUCUCAUCAGUGUUAUGACCCUUUACGUAACAAGAUAUUUGAACACAACAUAGUUGAGCAUCACAUAUCGACACAAUAUAACAAUCCUUACAGGCAUAUAUUCUUAUGCUUUUGCAAAGAAACUGAGUCAGUUGUGAAACUCUUCUUCAUGUUUGUCUUUGUAUGAUACUGCCCCCAGGUAUCCAAGGUGUGCAGAGCAGAAGGAGCAGCACAGUGUCAUUUGAAUUCAAGCAAAAAUCUGACAAAAACAGUUUAAUUUUGUACAUUCUAUUUAUUUGUCAUAACUGUAUGUUUUUAUACAUUACAACAACAACAAAAAGCAACCCAAAAAUUUGUUGGGGUUUUAGGAGCUUAGAUACAAGCAUUUUGAGUUUCGGAAUGAAACUCGUAUGUUAAGGCACCACUGUACCCACAGAUAACAAAAUCGUAGAAACUGAUAAUUUUGCAGUGAUCUCUUAAUUUUUCCCAGAGCUGUACUUCCUGCCCCCCGCCCCCACCAACAUCAUAUUAUUAUUUUUGAAUAUAGACAACUCCCCUUGCCCCUCAAACACUGCAGCUUGUCAGAUGGCAGCCACAACAGGUGAAGUCAUGGGGGUGUUGUGCUGCCAGAUUCCAGACAAAAAGUCACCAGCUGUUGCCUCGAAGCCUCACCCACGCAGCUGUUGACAUAAUAUUUGGUGGCCACAUAUAGACUGUAGUAGUGAUAAGUUAACCUUUGCCUUAAAUCAAGCUUGCUCAGGCAAGGUGCCGGUGUCCUCCCUCCACCACUUCCGACCAUGACAAAAAAUGACUCACUGAACAUUGCAACAUGUCCUGCUAACCUGUCGUGAGUAACACGAAGCUGCUUAGACGUGGCAAACCAGGGAAAUUAAGUACAGUAACCACAUUUCACCGUUUGUUGUUCUUUUCCGAGUGAAAUCCCAGCUGCUGCUGUACAUAGUGUGCUAACUUUUCCCCAAGCACGUUACAUAUUCCGCUCACUUUCACGUCCCCCAUGUAGCGUCCAUCCAAACCUUUCUUUUGUUUCGUCCACCCUGCGUACUUCCUCUUGCGACAGAAUUAUCUCCACCUGUACAGAUUUCUUGCCAGCCUUAUAACUAGACACUGCUGUAUCUGAUUUAUUUCUGUUGAAUGACAAGUUGACUGAGCUCCUGGUUGCACUCACUGGCAUACUUGUGAAAGCUGGUAUACUUGUGAAAACUGGUAGACUUGUGAAAGCUGGUGUACGUUUGCAUCCACUGGUAUAUUUGUUAAAACUGAUAUACCUCCAAUCACUGGCAUACUUGUGAAAACUGGUAUACUCACACUCACUAGUAUCCUGUGGAAACUUGGUAUAUUCACACUUACUGGUAUACUUGUGAAAACAAGCUUACUUGUCCUGGCUGGUUUUCGUGUGAAAACCGGUGAGUGCACUCAUGCAAACUGAUAUGCUCGUACUCACUGGUAUAUUUGUGACAGCUAGUAUACUUGCGCUCACUGGCUUGUGAAAACUGGUAUAUCCGCACUCACUGGUAUACUUGUGAAAACGAGUAUACUUUUGAAAGACGGUAUACUUGCACUCACUGGUAUACUUGUACUCGCCUGUAUAGAGUAUUUGUGAAAACUGGUAUACUUAUGAAAAGCUUUAGUUGCUCAUCUGGUCACCUUUUGCUUGAAUCGAGCAGACUGGCCACAGUUUAUGGUGCAAUUCUAUCACAAGAGAAGGGAUGCAGGUAUUUGACACUGGAAUUUUUUAGUCAGUCAAUGAAAAUGACUUGGUUUUAUUUUCUUCUGAAAACACUGACAUAUUAAAAAGAAAAAUGAAAAUCACUCAUCCUCACGCGUUGUCAUCCGCUUCUUGGUUUGUUUGUUUGUUUGUUUGUUUCCGAGGCUGUUUUUGGUUUUGUUUUGUUUUUUUUGGUCCGUCACCAACACCUCCUCACCUGUUAUUAAAGACUUUAAUCACCAAGCCCCUCUUUGUGCAUUUCUUUGGAGUUUGUGUUUCUCUCAGAAAUGCGGCCCAGCUCCUCCUCAUCUCUUCCUUCGGCAUCCACACAUCUGACCAUUCCUCCUUUAUUGGAUCAAUAGUGUGACACAAUGGCAAGCCUGUACAUAAAAGAAAUGAAUGGUUUUUUUUUAAUUAUUAUUUUAUUUACUUGUGCCCUACUGCUCUUUUGGUAAAAUGCCACAUAAAGCUGUUUCCCCCAUCUUUGGACGUCAUGUGUAUACUGUAAAUGUGUUUAUACUGUAAAUCAUAGUUUUAGAAAUUUUCUCUCCAGUCGUUGAUGUGGCAAAGGUAGACAAGAAAUGAUGUGAAAUUGAGCUGGUCUCCAGGGUUGCACAUAGGGAAUAUUUUACCAGGUUACAAUGUGUGCGUAUUUGUGCGCGUGUUGUAGCUGAAGCUCAUCAUUAGAAACACGUUGUGCAAGAUUCCAAAUUUGUAGCGGCGCCUCGGUUUCUUACUGUAGUUAAUCUUGCAUGCGGUCACUGAAUCACUGUUACUCUGACUCAGGGACUUUUACAGGCCACGCAGCAGCUCUGCCAUUAACUCUGAAUCUGAAAUAAAUUAAGAGAGGAAAAAAAA